CACACGCCGUCAGGAACAGCUAUGACUGAGGUUGGAGAGGAAAGUGGCAGACCGCCUCUCUCGGGAGAUGUCCGAGAUCUUCUGGAAGGCAAGCCUCGACACUGGCGACCUGGUCUUCUUCGACCGGCCAUGCCUGAAGAUGGGAGGCUUCUUCGGGGCGGCGAUUUGCGCUGCCGCCAAGGUGGUUGGCGGGGUUCCUUUCGACCAUAUCGGCGUCGUGGUGAAGGACGAGAAGGGCUUGAAUGUGAUGGUCGAAGCUUCGUUCAGCGGCGUCGCCGUCCGGCCUCUGUGCGAAAGGGUCAGGAGGAGCUCGGCGUCGCAGAUCUGUGUUCGUCGGUUGCAGGCCCAUCGCACAGAGGAGAUGCGGGAAGAGGCCCGGCGUUUCGUGUCGGAGGUGUCGCACCUGCCCUACAAGGAGGGGAGCGAGGGUCUGCUACAGAUGGUGUCCGCGGCGUUCCGCUUCCAUCCCGCCAAGGAGCAGAGACGGCGGGUUCACGCCGAGACCGUCGCGCUGUCGGCAUCCAUCGCAAGCUUGGAGAAAGAGCUAGAGCUGAUAGCUAAGCCCGAGACGGGCGGUGACGCCGCUGUCCGAGUCGACGCCACGAAGGAGAGACUUCGGCGAGCGAUCACGCGCAGGAGAAGGGCGCUGGUGUACCUCGCCGCUGCGGGCGCCGCCCCGGAGCCGUCGGGAAGGCCGCCGGCGGCAGCAGCGCCGCCGCCGCCGUCAACACCGCCGCCAGAAGAAAACGCGGCAGCAGCGACGUCAACAACGUCAGCGUCAGCAGCGGCACCCUCCGAUGACAGCCUGCCCUCGCGCCAGGCGCCGAUCGGUCCCGUGGCGCCCCAUUCACACACGCCGCUGUCACCGUCGCCCCCGCCGCCCCCAGCAGAACCGUUCGACGGCGGCCUGUUCUGCUCCGAGCUCGUGGCGGCCCUCUACCAACGGCUCGGCCUCCUCGACGCCGGCUUUCCGGCGAGGCACGACUACGUGCCCGCAGACUUCGCGCAGUCGCUCGGACAUCCCGUCGACUGCCUGGGCGCCGUCGACCUCGACGAGGACACCGGCGGCGGCGGCGACGGGGCAACUGGGAACGGGGAGAGAAGCAGCGGGGAAGAAACGCCGUCACGCCGCCGGCACCCGGAUGCGGAGGAAGGAGGCUCGUCCAGCUGCCCGGCGAAGAUCCUGCCGCCCCCGACCCAGAUACCGGAGGGAGGCGGGCGGGUGGCGCUGCUCCGAGGGGCGGCCCUCGGCCCCGGGCGCUGGCUUCGCGGCGGGCCGCCCGGUCGGCCCUCGCCGCCGACGCCCACAGGCAAGGGAGGAGGAGGGGGAGGAGGAGAGGGAGACGUGGACCGGAGGGGCGGCAGAGGGCCGUCGGCCACGCCGGCCGCCAAUACGCCUCCGGUGUCUCAGAGCACCAUUGCUACCUAUGCUGCCGCUGCUGCUAGUGAUGAGGAUGGUGAUGAUGCUGCUUCCUCUGAUGUUGCUGGUGGUGGUGAUGGUGAUGUGUGCGAGUUCGUGGGAACCGGGAAGGGUAACGGGGAGCGUGGGGACCCCCUGCUCGGGGGCAUGCCGAUGACAGCGCUGCGGCAGCGACCGCAGCAGCAACAGCAGCAGCAGCAGCAGCGCGACGGCGGCGGCGGUGGCACGUGGUGGAGAUCGCGGCUGCUGUUGCCGCAGCAGCAGUCUCUGGGAAGUUUGUCAUUGCUGCCGGGGACGCGGAUAAAGGCGACCGCGGGGGCAGCAGCGGCUGCCGCUGCCGCCGCAAGUCAUCGAAUGGCCCCGCCCUCGUCCUGUUCGCGCUGGCGCCCGCCGCCGCCGCCGCUAGGACGCUCGGUCGGGUCCGGCGAUGGUGUUCGGGGGCGCGGUCGCCCCCUGACGUGGGAGCCGCCGCCCGCCGCCGCCGCUGCUGCUAGGACAGCAAUCGAUCGCGUCGAUGCCGAGAGACGGCACUGUUCGAGUUGGCCGCCAUCGUCCUUGCAGCCGUUCGUGAUCGUCACCACCGCCGCCGCCGUUUUGGCGGUGUCGAAGAAGAACUUGGUGAAACCCAAAAGCCUGUCCCGCAGCGGGGGCGUUGAAGCACUGGCGAUGGUUCUCGGGGGUGUGUGGGCUUGUGCCGAUCCUCUCGGGAUUGCGGGCUGUUGGGGGACGGAGGUGGACGGCGGUGGCAGGGCCGGCCUUGAACUUGAUGAAUUGUUGUGGAGAGGAGAAGGAGGACAGAGACGUCGUGGUUUCGCGUCCGUGAUUGUUGGGUAGGCGCCUGUCGUUUGCUGUGUCGCGAGUUCCGAGGGCGAUGCUUGCAGCAGGUGCCCACCACGAGUCACAGCUUUUUUCUGAACCAGCGACGGGGGGGGGGAGGCUUUCGUUUUUCUGGUGCCGACGGUACUGGUCGAUGUUGAAAGACUUUCAAGGGCAUUGGCCUUCCUUCCGUCAGCAUGCAGUGCUUCGUGCAUGCGAAAGCGUCGCGUGACCAAAUUACAGGAGGGUCGAAGGGUAGGUGGCGUUUGGCAUUCGGUUGUUUGUUCGAAGUGUCGUAAUUCUGCCUUCGGCCGUGCAGGUUGUAUGUAGGCUUUCGAGGCUACCACGAGGUUCGAGAUGAUGAACCGUUCGAACGCACCCAAGGUGCUGCAUGUCAAGCGAAGUCUUUACCAACACAGCAGUCAGUGUUGAGUAAACCUUGCCGGACUAUGGACUCACUUUCAGUGUAGUUGAAGUCUUUGUUCCAGCAAACGGUGGGACAGCAACCAGGUCACGAACAACGAGGUAGUUCACUUCACCUCACUUUAUAGAUGUAUCUCGAGACACACCGAACACUGCGCCUCACGGUAGGCACCACAGCAAACCUACACCCACCACGUGUCACUACGUGCUGCUGCGGCUGGUGGCUGCUGGCGUGGCACUUACGGUACACUCGUUACUUGCUGGGAUUCGAAACAACUGC